GUUUGGAGAUGCUGCUGUGACAGUUCAGAAUUCCAAAAUGUACAUCGAAAAAGUCGCCAAGCGAGUUGUCGAAAUUUUGGAAACUCGAUUCAUAACUGGCCCGGAUUUGCCUAUCGAUGACUACACGGCUUCGAUCAACAUUUCUUCGGAGGGAAUCCGGCUGGAUGGAAACGUUUCCUUCCACUCGGCCUUCGUUGCCCGGAUCGGGGCCAUCGAGUUGAACAUGCAAGGUUUCCGAGAGAUUCGGCUGGACACCCACGUGGCCAUCGAAGCUUCCCUGCUGUGGAGGAACAUUGGAGUGGCGUUGGAUUUCUACGCAGACGUCGAGGGUUAUCAGGGCACGGGAACGCUGCUGGUAACCUACGGGCAGUUUAACCUUCCGCUCAACACGCGGCGGGACUUUGCCACGGGAGAGGUGACCGGCAGUUUGUACUUUAUGUCCAUCAACAACCAGAACGAUAUUGUCGUGGUUGGGCAUCCGAACAACGGCUACGUGCAAAUGAUUGCGAGAGGGAUAACUACAAAUUAUGCAUUCCGAGAUCACAUGCUGGAACCAUUUCGGAGGUGGAAUUUCCAGAAUCUCUUGAAUGUUGCACUGGCGGAGAUUCCGUAUCCAGAGGUUUGUUACAAUUGUUAACUCCAUUUUAAGUUGA